AUGAAGCCUCACCAAGUGCAGUUCAUAUCAAGUGCUCCAUUGACAUCUAUAAAUUCAACUAGACUUGAUUCGCAGGCUUUUUACCACUCACAAUCAAAUAGGAAUAAUACAUUUAGUUCAUAUUCUUCAUUUGCUCGAAGAACUCUUGAGCAAAGGAUUACAACUAUUAAAAACCAAGAAUCAUUACCUCGUUAUCAAGCUUCAAAUAGCAUUUAUUUUGACAAAACUUUUGCACGACAGACUGUUUAUUCUCGCAAAUUACGAUGGCUUCAACAUGAAUCUGAAUUCUUAAACACAAAAAAAUGGUGGAUCCUUAACCGAAUUGUGAAUUCUGAAUACGAAAAUGCUAUAAUUAAUCUCUUAAAGUUACAUAACCAAAGUUACAUUCGAAUACCUUUUGAUGAACAAGAAUAUUUAAAAUAUGAUUUUCGCCUUGAAGAUUUUCCGGAACCUGAUUUUUUUCAUUCAAAUGAAUUUAUGAAUCUUUCAGAAGUUGGUAAAUUAAGGACAAUUGAUUAUACUUAUCAUGAAAAAAACUUAUAUGCCAUAAAUAAUAAUGGUGGUAGGAAUGCGGCUAUCGCUCAUGGUAAAUCUCAACACAAUGUUAGUUGGAUUUUACCAUUCGAUGGAAAUUGUUUUUUGACUCCUAACGCGUUUGCUGAUAUUCGACUUCAUUUAUAUAAAUGGGGAGAAAAAUAUAAAUAUUUCAUUGUACCGAUGGCAAGAUUGAUAAAUAACUCUCAAUUGUUAAAUGGAUCGGAUACACGGCCUAUCACUCCAGAGGAACCUCAAAUCAUCUUUCGUUAUGAUUCUAAUAAAACUUUUAACGAAAAUAUGCGUUAUGGUGUCCCAACUACUAGUAGAAAUUUUAACAGAACAUCUGCUCCAUGGGAACCUCAUCAUGGUCUUUACAAAUUUGUUGAAAGUGACCAAUAUAAAACAAUUGGUUGGGUUUUUCGUUUAUUUUCCGGUCAAGCAUCACAAGAAUUGAACCAGAAAGAAGCCGGUGCAUUACGUUCGUUUAAUCGGUUAUUGGCAAUUCAGGAAUUUAUAGAUGGUCUAGAUGAACGAAUUGCUCGAAAAAUUCAUGGCUUUGAUCCUUUUCGAUUAUUUAUUUAUGAUGAAAAGUUACUAAAUCAAGCAAGAUUGAAUUUUUGGUUACAAAUCCCUGAUGUAGUUGAAAUAGUUCAAGUGUUGAUCAAACGUGCUGACGAAAUAUUAUCAGCUACAAUUAAUUUAUUUGAAUCGGAACGUGGCAUUCAAGAUGAUGAAAAUACUCUUGUACAUUUCUUGAAACCAAAAUCAAGUAUUUACAAAUUAUCACAUCAACCCGUUGAAUCUGUUGAUAAUGACAAGAUCUCUCAAAAUAUUGAUUUUAAAGAAUACUUUUCUACACCUGACUCAUUCUUUGAAAAUAUAACGACUUUGGUUUUGGCUCAUUAUUUUUCAGGUGAAGAGAAAUAUGCUAAAUGGGCUGCCAAUUUAAUUCGAACUUUUAUUCUUUCUUCUUAUGUCAUUGGAGAUCAAGAUGAUUCGGAAUUCGUUUCUAUCUAUUCUGAUUCUGUUAACGUCGAAGGUUAUGGUUUCCCAAAUUUAAAUAAGAUUCCACGAUCCAUUCCAAAACUUUUCAAUGUUGGCUCUCCACUUUUGAUCAAUAUAACCGAUGCUGACCCAAGCUUCUUUUUAGAUGCGUGUAGACUUCUUUAUCGUACAAAUAUACUUACUCAUAAAGAAUAUAUGGAUCUUCGAAUGUUUGCUUCUGAUUGGUUAGAGGCUCUUAUAAAUUCUAAAGCUGAGAGAAACUCUGAUCAUCGUGGUAUAAUCUUUGAUCUUCGAGUACUAUCAUUGGCUGGAUUUAUUGACGAUUUAAGACUUUAUCUUCGAAUAGUUAAUCGUGUUCGAAUGCGAAUUGGAAAACAAUUUUAUGUCUCAAACGAUUUAUCAACACAUGAGAUUAAACAAAAUUAUGAGAUUAUGUAUGUUCAGAAUUUACUUGAUACUGAUGAACUUGAGUACUUUCAAAAUCUAGCAAAUGUUGGUGACACAAUGAAAAUUAAGUUGGGAAAUCGAAUAAACGAUGAUGAAUUAAAUACAAGGAUUGGGAUAGGGAAUGAAGCAAGACGGAGAGGUUUACCACCGUUUUGGAUGCUUGGUGUUGCAUGA